AAUUUCACAGCCUAUCUUUUUUCAUCUGUGUAAUUCAACAACAACAAAAAAAGAAAAUGAAUUUUCUCAAGUCCAUUGCAACCUUUUCAUUUUUCAUCAUAGCAACCUUAGCCUUUGCUCGAGUUUGUCAUGCACAAAAUUCACCACAAGACUAUGUUGAUGCCCACAACGCGGCUAGGGCCGAGGUGGGUGUCGAAAACAUAGAGUGGGAUGACGAAUUGGCAGCCUACGCCCAACAAUACGCCAACCAACGUAUGGACGAUUGUGCUCUGGAGCAUUCUCAGGGGCCAUAUGGAGAGAACAUCGUUGCAGGUCCCGGUGAUGCUAGUGGCAUAGAUGCAGUUAAAAUGUGGGUUGAUGAGAAGGCUAAUUAUGACUAUGACUCCAAUACUUGUGCUCCCAAUGAGAUGUGUGGACAUUAUACUCAAGUGGUUUGGCGUAAUUCCGUUCGUCUUGGAUGUGCUAGGGUUCUAUGUAACGGUGGUGGGAUUUUCAUCACUUGUAACUAUGAACCUCGAGGCAAUUUUAACGGAGAAAAACCCUACUAGAGUUUUUGGUCUGAUCGAUCAGCUUAUUGAACCAUAUAAUACUUAUGCUCACUAGGGCAUUCACUUAUACAUAAUAAAUUAUGAUAAUUCAAUAAGCGUGUAUACUAUAUGUAAAAUAUCAAAUAAAGUAAUAUAUAAGGAAUCCCUAUUUAUGCACCUGUUUAGUACCAUAGGGAUAUAUAUUUUGCUCUUUUGAAUUUAUUUAAAUAAGAAGAAUAUAUAAUACUCUUGGAUUUGGGCAUUUUGGGUGCACUAAUAUAUAUGAAGCAUGUAAGAAAUUUUUAUGUUUAAGAAGUCAUUUACGUGUUAUUCGAUA